UAUUACAGUCAAUGAACUCGCAGACUAGACCCAGCUGCUAUCGCAUUGGUGCCUAUCGGGAGAGCCACCCCCUUAAGCAGACCGAAACUAACCAUGUUUGUCAAUGGUAAACGGCCUUAGUAGUAAAUUUUAUUUAUCCACCAUCUUCGAGAGAGCUCGGUUCAAAUUUCCAUAGGCGGCGGUAGACCUGUCCCUCACGCACCAUUAUCCGUUUUUUUUGUUAUGAGACGCGGAGGGUAGCGAAGUCAUGGGCAAGCUUCAGGAAUUCGAUAUUACUUUUACCAACAACAAAGUGGUCUACAGCCCUGGCGAAUCCAUAAGUGGAACUGUGAAAAUUACAAGUGGUAGCUCACUGCAAUAUAAGGCCAUUAAGGUGAACUGCCUGGGAUCAUGUGGGGUCUCCAACAAAAUGAACGACACGUCGUGGACACUGGAAGAGCAAUACUUCAGCAGCACACUGUCUGUAGCUGACAAAGGUACCCUGGCAGCUGGCGAGCACAGUUUCCCUUUCCAAUUUGUCAUCCCAGUGGCUGCCCCAACCUCCUUUGAAGGGCCCUUUGGGAAAAUUGUUUACCGUGUGAGAGCCGUCAUAGACACACCUCGCUUCUCCAAGGACUACAAGGCCCAGAAGCCCUUCUACCUACUCAACCUGCUCAACCUCAAUCAAGUGCCCGACAUUGAGCAACCCAGUUAUGCUGUGACCACUAAGAGGUUCAGCUAUCUCCUGGUGAAGACGGGCACCCUCAUGCUGAAGGCUUGCAGUGACCUGAGGGGAUACACACCAGGCCAGAUCAUCAGACUAGCCACUGAGAUCCACAACAAGUCAGGCAAGGACACGGGCUGUGUGCUGGCCAGUCUCAUACAGAAAGUGACUUAUAAGACCAAACGAGCUUUGUACGACCUGCGGACCAUAGCAGAGGUAGAGGGGGCGGGAGUGAAGGCGGGGAAACACGCUGAGUGGCGAGAGCAGAUCAUCGUACCGCCCCUCCCCCAGUCUGCGCUGGCUGGCUGCAGCCUCAUAGAGAUUGACUACUUCAUCCAGGUAUCACUAAAAUCCCCUGAGACGGUUGUCACUUUACCCAUCUACAUCGGGAACAUCGCUGUCAACUUGACCCCGUCACGAGCUAUGCCCUCAACCCCAGCCCCAACACCCAUCAGCCCUAACACCGGCCUGGAAGGGGUUACCCCCAGCGCACCCCCAGCUGAGGAGGACCUGGAUGAGGAGUUGGGUGCAGGGGGUUCAGUCAGCGAGGAGAUCCCCACUAAGAGCCACUCCCAGCAGGACCAAUCCGGCCGGCCUCCCACCAUGUCCCCCAGUGCAUUUAGCUACGCUCCCGGUGCAGCUUUCCCACCCAGCCAGCGAUGUGCCGACGACACCUCUGCACCUCUGUUCUGUGUGUCCACUGGGUCCACCAUCCCUUUCUUCACAGAGGGAAACGUCACCCCAGUACCCACGUCCUGUCCUCUCAUACUCCCCCCUGAGUACAGCACCUGGGACUACCCACAUGAACCCCCUCCCACCUAUGAGGAGAGCUGCAGCAGCAACAACUCCAGCUUCAACAACAGCAGGCCGUAGAGGAGGGGGACUGAGCAUAAUGCAGCUCAAAACUGCAAUUACACUCCCUAAAGGACAAAUAGGGUACUGCAGACCUAGCUCCAAGGGGAUAGAAGACGCUAACCUCCUAAAUGUUACACUUAAACAGGGCUCUCCAACCCUGUUCCUGGAGCUACCCACCUCUAGUUUUUCACCCCGACCCUGUUCCUGGAGCUACCCUCCUGUAGGUUUUCACUCCAACCCUGUUCCUGGAGCUACCCUCCUGUAGGUUUUCACUCCGACCCUAUUCCUGGAAAACCUACAGGAGGGUAGCUCCAGGAAUAGGGUUGGAGUGAAAACCUACAGGAGGGUAGCUCUCCAGGAACGGGGCUGGAGUGAAAACCUACAGGACGGUAGCUCUCUAGGAACAGGGUUAGAGAGCCCUGCUCUAAAUAUGUUUAAAAAAGGGAUCAUAUCUGUUGUUUUUUGUGUGUGUGUCAUGAUGGUUUAUACCCCUUUUUCUCCCUGACUAAAAUGUCCUGCUAUUAUAUAGAUUGCUUGAGAGAGAACAUGAACUGUGUCUAAAAUUAGCACUUCAGAGUAAACAUAUAGUGGGUAGGACAUUCCAUGUUUAGAGCCCAUUGGAGGCUAAACAUUUUUGCAUUUGAGAAUAUUCUUGCAUCUAUGAUGCCUUGAAAUUGUUGUAGGCCUGCUACUGUCUCUCCUUCAUCCUUCAGACACAACCAAAAGCUGGCCUUUGUUGUAGUUUCUUUCCAAAUGUGCACACUACUGUAAUUCCGAUCCAUCACUGUCCACUUCCACCACAGUGGCUCCGUCUUUUGAUGGGUGGAGUCGGGCUGGCCUAGCUGGACAUCAGGACCUGAGCAUGCCUACCCCCUGGUGGCCAUCAACGGAAGAGAAUGUUGCCCAUCAACAGAAGAGAAUGUUGCCCAUCAACGGAAGAGAAUGUUGCCCAUCAACGGAAGAUAAUGUUGCCCAUCAACGGAAGAUAAUGUUGCCCAUCAACGGAAGAUAAUGUUGCCCAUUGGGAAAGCUUCUGACCAUCACUAAGGGCACUAUUUAAUCUGUAAAGCUGAAGCGUUGCAGAUUCCACGAUAGAAAUGUAGAGGUCAAUUCCCAUUGAGCCAACAUCUGCAGCGUUUACAGUGAAUGCAGUCUCCGCUAAAGGAGGAACAUGGUCUUUAAAUUUCAAGCACGCUGUAAAGCUGCAAUGCAGAUUGAAUAGAGCCCUAAAGCACUGGAACUCAAUGAUGCCUGCUAAGUAGAACAAUACUCCUUCAACCUGUGAUCUACUGACCAGGGGCUUCAUAUCUUGUCACCUCAUCAUCUUGAAACAGACAAGCGGGACAUUGUACUCUUGGGUGUGUAGGGGUAAUUGACAUAGCAUGGAUUGAUAUGCAUUUAUGACAUCUGAUGCAAACACUUUUACCUUCCUCUUUUCUUUUCUUUUACCCUGGAUACAAUUUUUACCCUGAUUUUCCCCAUGUGGCCUUAACUCCUUCUGUUCUACCUACAUUACUAUGUGGUGAUGAAGACAGUUGUCUUCAGGGUUUCUGUUGCUUUUGAAAUGGCAGUCAAUGCAGAUAACACAUUUGUUGGUGCGACAACCAACAGUGUGAAAUGUUCAAGCACAAGACAGCACUUUUUGGCAGUUUGAAACAGUGCAUGUAUAUGUUGUUGUGUGUGGAUGUGUAUGUAGUGUACCAGUUCCUGUUGGUGAUCGCCCCUCCUAUCUUUGGCAGUUGAUAACGUUGGACAGCUCAGUUUUACAACUUGACAUCAGGCAAUAUCAUCCACUGUGUGUUUAUGUUGAUUUGUAUGUCUUGUUUCUGUCUCAAUGACAGCCUCCUUUUGUAUGUCUAGGCCAACCACACUGUGGCUUAUGUUUCCUACAAUUCUGUAAUGACAAACUUUAGCACCUGCUGUGGGAAUAAAUGUAUAUAGCCAUCCCUCCUGUAAUGGCAGCCUCGUGCUGUCAAAGCCGUCAUAUACCAGAAAAUAGAUGGCAGAUGAUAUUGGGAAUUGAUCUGCAGUUUAGACCACUGCUCUAAAGUAAUAAGGCAUCAGCUCUGAAAGAACCAUAGAAAUCACACCUCUACUUUAUUUACCAUCUACUAUUGUGUGAAACAUACGAUUCCUGAAAAUAAGGCCAAGCUGCUAAAUCAAAAUGUGCAAUAUAUUGUCAACAUUUAUGGUCUUAAUUUGAGGUUAGGAUUAGGAAUACGGUUAGCAGUGUGGUUAAGGUUAAAAUAUUAUUUGAUUUGAAGUAGAUCUUCCGGCUUUGCAGCUUGACCAGAAAGUGACAUCCGAAAUAUACUAUGUAAUACACUCAUUAAACAUCACUAGACAUAAUAUUACACCUUCUACUGUGUGAAACAUACUGUGUAAUGUACAUGUCCGCUGAGUUGUUGUUAAAACAAGCCUUAACUACAUGGUCCCAGUUCCCAUUAGUCUGCAUAGUCAUCAUCCUCAUCCAGGUGCUAGAGGUUUGGAAUAGGAUCUCUUUGUCUAGGAGAAUAUUGGGAGGGCUUUUGUGGCCCUCCCUGUUUUAUCUACUGGUCUCCCCUGGACUGAAGAUGCACUGAAUGAAUACUAAAGUAGCUGUGAAACCCGUGAGGAUUUUCCUCAAAUGUAUUUCAGCUCUGCUUGUGAACCUUGCAUCUCCUCUUUUUUAAUCCUAGAAAAAGAACAAGACUAAAAAUGUGCAAUUCUGUUAUCUCCGUGUUUGGUACGGCAGCUUAGUUCUCAAGUCAUUUCAUGCUGCUUUUAUCAAUCCUGCCCCACUGUUUUUAUUUCUCUUCACCAAAGGUACUAUAGCUUUCUAAACUCCAUGUUUUCGUUGUGCAUUCUUUCCCCUCACAAAUCGGUGAGUGGUGUACAUGUGGUUUUGUAUUUUUCUACUUGUGAACAGUUUUCUGGUGCAAAUGGUAGCCAUUUGAGAGAGAAAAAAUAUUAUGGAGAAAAAAAUGUAGCACCAUAGUCAAUCAAAAUUGUACAGUUGACCAAUAAAAUGAUAAUCUGACAUAUCCUUUGUACUGGUUUUGCAAAGGAAAAGGGUUUCUUGGGCCCUAUAUUUACCUGUCCCAAAGCACAAAGAUAUCAUGUUAUGAUACUAUAAGUGGUUGGAUGAUAGAGAAUCAAAGGUGACCUCAAGUGCCGUCAAAGGAAAUGGGUCUAUCAACUGCUUUAAAAGAUGGGAACAUAUGCCUUGUGUUCUGCCUGUGUAAUCCUACAUGCCGUGGUGUGACUGAGAUGCUAUACUUUAGCCUCCUUCCUUAUAAUGUUUUGACAAUGACAUGGCCCAUAGACUGUCCAGUAGCCAUGACAAUGGGAGCAGCAGGGUAGAGCGUGAGAAGAGCAAUGAAGAAAAAGCCUUUUCAGGCAUCAUCCCCGGGCUCGCCACCUCACUGUUUACCGCAGCAUCACUCAUCCUCUGUUGCCAUAGAAACUGCUUAGCCCCAAUCCGCCAGCCUCCCUGUGUCACACAUGGACCACAGAGCUCAUGUCUGCUUGCAUACCUGCCAAGUGAUGGAGGGAAUAUAAUCUGCAAGGGCAACCUAAUUUCACAUUUCACAUAAUGUGCAGAAUCACUGCUGGAUAUUCUAUGCUGGUAUGUGGCCAUUGCUUAAUUUUUGUCAUGCUGCAACAGCUACACUGUUGGAUAUUUUAUAAUGGAAGUAAAUAUUGGGGCCAACAUCUAGACUAUUGCCUUGUCUUCAGCUCCACCACCUGCUGUGAUGAUAUAAUGACCCAAAUAAGGUGUGUGGGCUACAGGCCUAUAUCAUUAUCAACCACUGGAGACAGAGCUAGUGGUGAGUUAAAGUUAGCCCCUGUAUAUACGGUAUAUCGUUUGACAUUCUUUUUAUAAUUUUUUUACAUACACCAGAAUGUACAAACCACUUGUGAGGUAAAUCAUUUGAGGGUUUAGAAUGUGUGAUGUUAGAGAGCGCACAGAAAUCCCCUCCCUGACAUCCCCCCUCCCGCUGACCUAUUUGUUACGUCACUGGCCUACUACAGUGUCCUUGGAUGACUGACCUAUCGUCGAUCAUAACCAAUUUGCAUUUCAUCAUAGUAAAUUGGACGAGCAAUCCAACGCAUACAUGGAUGAAGAAAUGGUAAAUUGCCUACUUAACUAAUGAAAUAUGGAAGAACUUCAAGUAGCCUAUGAGAUUAAUGGCAGUAUGGUUAAGUGAUUAGAAUGAUCUAGGCCUAAUUAUCUAGGGUAACCAUAACAAUGAGCUCACUACCCAUUGAUUUAAAAAAAUGCUGUUUAGUGUUUCAACCAAUUAAGCUAGUUGUCAGAUCCAAACCAGUUUAUAUUCUGAGCCAAUCAGAUGUUUUUGGCCUAUGGUGGUUUUGAAAAAUGUAGCAACUCUGCACUUUCCUGAUGAACUCUACGGCUGAGCCUCUUUAUCAGCUAGUUCCAUGGAAACACUGACUUCUAUGGCCUUUGCCAAGGUCAGAAUACUUUCUGUUAAAUUAGCACAGCAGCAAACAUUCUGCAGCGAUACGCCAUCUCAUCUGGUUUGCGUUUAGUGGGACAAUCAUUUGUUUUUCAACAGGACAAUGACCCAACACAGGCUGUGUAAGGGCUAUUUGAGUGAUGGAGUGCUGCAUCAGAUGACCUGGCCUCCACAACCACCAAACCUCAACCCAAUUGAGAUGAGUUGGACCGCAGAGUGAAGGAAAAGCAACCAACAAGUGCUCAGCAUAUGUGGGAACCCCUUCAAAACUGUUGGAAAAGCAUUCCAGGUGAAGCUGGUUGAGAGAAUGCCAAGAGUGUGCAAAGCUGUCAGAGGCAAAGGGUGGCUACUUUCAAGAAUGUCAUAUAUAUAUAUAUUUUUUUUUAUUUGUUUCCCACUUUUUUGGUUACUACAGGAUUCCAUAUGUUAUUUCAUAGUUUUGAUGUCUUCACUGUUAUUCUACAAUGUAAAAAUAAAAACCCUUGAAUGAG